CUCCAUUUUCUCCGUAGAAAUAGAGAUAGAAAUAGAAAUAGCGACCCUGAGCCUGAGGUGAGCAGGUCAGUCUGGGUUUUUCAAAUCUUGAAUCCAAACACCCCUCUUCCUUCCUUGCUGAAUCUGCGAUCCCAGUGUGUGAAUAAACAAGGGCAAGGGCGGCAACUUGCCAUUUCCUUCCUUCUUUUUCCUUUAGUACCCCGUACCAAUAUUACUAGUACCUGUAGUAUACCUCGAAUCCAUCGCGGCGGAGGCAGGGGCCAAGUGGUGGUGCUCACGAACACCCGCCCCAUCCCCCAACCCCCUAUCUUGGCUCUGCUCCGGCCGAGCGAGCGCAGGUGCAGCCAUGGAGAAGUACCUGCAGGACAACUUCGACCUGCCGGCCAAGAACCCCUCCGAGGAGGCGCAGCGCCGCUGGCGCUCCGCCGUCGGCAGCCUCGUCGUCAAGAACCGUCGCCGCCGCUUCCGCCACGUGCCCGACCUCGACCAGCGCCACCAGGACGACGCCAAGCGCCGCUCCGUCCAGGAAAAAAUUCGGAUUGCCCUCUAUGUGCAGCAGGCCGCAAUCACUUUCAUUGGUGGCACCAAGAAGAAUGAGUACCAGCUAACAGAUGAUAUAAUCAAAGCUCGGUUUUCCAUCAAUCCCGAAGAACUGGCAUCAAUAACAAGCAAGCAUGACUUGAAAGCUUUAAAGAUGCAUGGUGGAGUAGAUGGGAUAUCCAAAAAAGUUCGUACAACAUUCGACCGUGGUGUAUGUGCUACUGACUUGGAUACAAGACAAAGCAUAUAUGGUGUCAAUCGCUAUGCUGAAAAGCCUUCAAGAAGUUUCUGGAUGUUUGUUUGGGAUGCAUUGCAAGACACGACUCUUAUCAUUCUGAUGGUGUGUGCUUUGUUAUCUGUUGUAGUUGGCCUGGCAUCUGAAGGUUGGCCCAAGGGAAUGUAUGAUGGCUUGGGGAUAAUACUCAGCAUUCUCUUAGUUGUGAUGGUUACUGCUGCCAGUGACUAUAAGCAAUCGCUUCAGUUUAAGGAGCUAGAUAAUGAAAAGAAAAACAUAUUUAUCCAUGUAACCAGAGACGGUGGUCGACAGAAGAUCUCGAUAUUUGACUUGGUAGUUGGUGAUAUUGUGCAUUUAUCAAUUGGGGACCAAGUGCCUGCUGACGGACUGUUUAUACAUGGAUACUCCCUUCUCAUUGAUGAAUCCAGCUUGUCAGGUGAGAGUGAGCCAGUGUAUACUUCUCAAGAUAAACCAUUCAUAUUGGCAGGAACUAAAGUGCAAGAUGGUUCUGCUAAGAUGAUAGUAACGGCUGUCGGUAUGCGCACUGAAUGGGGAAGGCUGAUGAGCACUUUGAGUGAGGGAGGAGAAGACGAGACACCAUUGCAGGUUAAGCUAAAUGGAGUUGCGACCAUCAUAGGAAAGAUUGGCCUGAUAUUUGCCACAUUAACAUUUGUAGUCCUGAUGACUAGAUUCCUUAUUGACAAAGGUUUGACAGUUGGUUUGUCCAAUUGGUAUUCAGCUGAUGCCUUGACUAUAGUGAACUACUUCGCAACAGCGGUCACUAUUAUUGUUGUUGCUGUUCCCGAAGGGUUGCCGUUGGCUGUGACUUUGAGCCUUGCAUUUGCAAUGAAGAAGUUGAUGAAUGACAAAGCGCUUGUCAGACACCUUGCAGCAUGUGAAACAAUGGGAUCUGCUGGUACCAUUUGCACCGACAAGACAGGAACUUUGACUACUAACCAUAUGGUGGUUGACAAAAUUUGGAUAGCCGAGAUUUCAAAGUCAGUUACAGGUAACAAUAGUUUGGAAGAACUGAAUUCUGCGAUUUCUUCAAGCGCAUGGAGCCUACUUUUGCAGGGCAUUUUUGAGAACACUAGUGCAGAGGUGGUUAAAGGAAAUGAUGAUAAACAAACUGUUUUGGGCACUCCAACAGAGAUAGCAAUAUUCGAAUAUGGCUUGAGCUUGCAAGGAUAUUGUGAUGCUGAGGAUAGGAGCUGCACCAAGGUUAAGGUUGAGCCUUUCAAUUCGGUCAAGAAAAAGAUGGCAGUAUUGGUUUCUUUAUCUGGCGGGGGACACCGUUGGUUCGUCAAAGGUGCAUCAGAAAUUAUUGUUGAGAUGUGUGACAAGGUGAUUGAUCAAGAUGGAGAUGUUAUUCCCUUAUCAGAUGAUCGGAGAAAGAACAUCACGGAUACCAUCAACUCAUUUGCUUCAGAUGCUUUAAGGACAUUGUGCUUAGCGUUUAAGGAUGUGGAUGAAUUUGAUGAGAAUGCAGAUAGCCCUCCUAAUGGUUUUACUCUGAUAAUCAUAUUUGGCAUCAAGGACCCUGUGCGCCCUGGAGUGAAGGAAGCUGUUCAGAGCUGCAUAACUGCUGGCAUCAUUGUGAGAAUGGUGACUGGUGAUAAUAUCAAUACAGCUAAGGCUAUUGCCAAAGAAUGCGGCAUAUUGACUGAUGAUGGCAUAGCAAUAGAAGGACCAGAUUUUCGUAACAAAAGCCCAGAAGAAAUGAGGGACUUGAUACCUAAGAUUCAGGUCAUGGCCCGUUCAUUACCAUUGGACAAACAUUUGCUUGUGACGAACUUGAGAGGCAUGUUCCAUGAGGUGGUUGCUGUGACAGGUGAUGGUACAAAUGAUGCUCCUGCAUUACACGAAGCAGAUAUUGGGCUUGCUAUGGGCAUUGCAGGCACAGAGGUUGCUAAGGAGAGUGCUGAUGUCAUAGUACUUGAUGACAACUUCACAACUAUAAUAAAUGUUGCGAGGUGGGGUCGUGCGGUUUACAUAAACAUCCAGAAGUUCGUGCAGUUUCAGUUGACCGUGAACAUUGUUGCUUUGGUGAUCAACUUCGUCUCAGCAUGCAUCACAGGUAGUGCUCCUCUCACUGCUGUGCAGCUGCUGUGGGUGAACAUGAUUAUGGACACAUUGGGAGCUUUAGCUCUAGCAACCGAGCCUCCAAAUGAUGAAAUGAUGAAGAGACCGCCUACUGGGCGAGGGGAAAGCUUCAUCACCAAGGUCAUGUGGAGAAACAUCAUUGGUCAAAGUAUAUACCAGCUGAUUGUGCUCGGCGUUCUCAUGUUCGCUGGGGAAAAUCUUCUCAACAUCAAUGGUCCAGAUUCCACGACCGUUCUCAACACCCUCAUAUUCAACUCCUUCGUGUUUUGCCAGGUAUUCAACGAAGUGAACAGCAGGGAAAUGGAGAAGAUAAACAUUUUCCGCGGUCUCAUUGGCAAUUGGGUCUUCCUUGGGGUAAUAAGCGCGACGGUGGUAUUCCAGGUGGUGAUCAUCGAGUUUCUCGGCACUUUUGCGAGCACUGUUCCACUCAGCUGGCAAUUCUGGUUGGUGAGCGUUGGUAUAGGAUCCAUCAGCUUGAUUAUUGGAGCCAUCUUGAAGUGCAUUCCGGUAAAAUCGGGUGAGAUUUCUGGAAGUCCACAUGGUUACAGGCCGCUUGCCAACGGCCCUGAUGACAUAUAACUGGAGAAGAGUAAUUGAGGAUGGAUCAAGGUUGCAUUUGCUAUUUUUGGCUCUGUUGCACCGCCAGCCGCUAAUUUUGUUCAAGCCAUCUGUAGUGCAUGUGUGCGCUGCAAGACUGCUUUUUGGUGCUGCAUUUGUUUGGGAAGUCAACUCUAGCUUGAGAAUCCUAUUGCUGGGUUAAGAUUUAUUUGAAUUUGAAUGCGGUGUAAGGCUUUUUUGUCUACGAUUUUAGCAAUACUAUCCUAGCAAAAAUAAUAAAAUGAUUCCCAGUCA